UUUGUUAAAAGAAUGCAAGAUACAAUGCGAACCAUACUUGCUUCGAUGUCUAUAAGUUUAAAUGACCCUGAGUUUAAUUUUGCUGAAGAGUUUCCAAGUUUCUGCGGCCAAGCUGGAGUAGUUGGGGUACAGCUUCUUUGGACCAAAGACGCUGAAUAUGCUCUACGCAAAUGUCGAACUGAUAAGACAAUAAUGAAAAGAACAAACAAUAAAUUUUUAGUCCUGCUAAACUUUUUUAUUGAUUUGACUGUAAAGGAUUUAACGUCACUUGAUCGAAUAAGAUUCGAGACUAUGGUAACCAUUCAUGUACAUCAACGAGAUAUUUUUGAUGAUUUGUGUACACAGCGUAUUAAAUCGGCGGGCGACUUUGAAUGGCAAAAACAAGCUCGCUUUUAUUAUAAUGAAGAUAAUGAUGAUAUUAUUGUUGGUAUAACAGAUGUAAAUUUUAUAUAUCAGAAUGAGUACCUUGGCGUAACAGAACGAUUGGCCAUCACUCCACUUACUGAUCGGUGUUACAUAACACUAGCGCAGGCCGUUGGAAUGUAUGGAGGUGCGCCCGCCGGUCCAGCUGGAACUGGAAAGACUGAAACAACGAAGGAUAUGGGUCGGGCGUUGGGAAAAUUAGUAGUUGUGUUUAACUGCUCCGACCAGAUGGAUUUUCGUGGCCUGGGACGGAUUUACAAGGGUCUUGCACAGUCCGGCUCUUGGGGAUGUUUUGAUGAAUUUAAUCGAAUUGAGCUACCUGUACUUUCUGUUGCAGCUCAGCAAAUAUAUAUCGUUUUUACAGCUAGAAAGGAGAAGCGAGCAACUUUUAUAUUCUUAGAUGGAGAUGUAGUUUCUCUUAAUCCGGAAUUUGGCAUUUUUAUUACUAUGAACCCUGGCUACGCUGGUCGCCAAGAAUUGCCUGAAAACCUUAAAAUAAUGUUUCGCACUGUGGCUAUGAUGGUCCCAGAUCGCCAGAUAAUUAUUAGGGUUAAGAUGGCCAGCUGUGGCUUUAAGGAAAAUGUUGUCUUAUCAAAAAUGUAUACCUUGUACAAAUUGUGCGAAGAACAGUUGUCUAAGCAAGUUCAUUAUGAUUUUGGUCUUCGUAAUAUAUUAUCUGUUCUUCGUACUUUAGGUUCCCAGAAACGAUCAAAUCCAAAUGAUACUGAGGAAACAAUAGUCAUGCGUGUAUUACGAGAUAUGAAUGUCAAAUUAAUUGACGAAGACGAAGCUUUUGUAUCAUUGGUGGAUGACAUGUUUCCAGGCAUAAAAUUGACUACAAAUGUUUACAAAGAUCUUCAAACCAUUGUAAAGACAUGCGAAGAAAUGGGUUACGUAAAUAAUCCCGAGUGGAACCUUAAAGUUGUGCAAUUAUAUGAGACAUCUCUUGUGCGCCAUGGUCUUAUGUUAAUGGGACCAACUGGAUCUGGUAAAACAAGCUGUACCCUUUGUAUGCUAAGAUGCUUUACAGAGAUGGGUAGAACUCAUAAAGAAAUGAGAAUGAACCCAAAAGCCAUAACAGCACCACAAAUGUUUGGGAGAUUGGAUGUAGCCACAAAUGAUUGGACUGAUGGAAUUUUUUCAACGCUUUGGCGGCGUUCCCUUAAAGUUCCAAAACAUCAAAACUGUUGGAUUGUUUUGGAUGGCCCAGUUGACGCUGUGUGGAUCGAGAACUUAAAUUCCGUUCUUGAUGACAAUAAGACUCUCACAUUAGCCAACGGCGAUCGAAUAAAAUGGCGGAUAACUCAAAGUUGGUAUUUGAACCAGAUAAUGUCGAUAAUGCAUCACCCGCUACAGUUAGUCGAGUCGGUAUGGUAUUUACUAGUUCAUCUGUUUUAAGUUGGAAGGUAUAUAUGGAGGCCUGGUUACUGAAGCAAGGAGAAGAUGCUGAUGUUUUUAGACGAUGUUAUGAAGCACUUUAUGAUGAUGCACAUGUAUUUCUGCAGUCGAGGCUCGCAGCAAAGAUGAAAAUUCUUGAAGCUAUAUAUAUACGUCAAAUGCUAGAUAUUAUGGAUGGCUUAUUAAUGGACAUAUCUUUACGUUCUGAAAAAGCCUUGGAGCGGAUAUUUUUAUUUUCUCUAAUGUGGGCGUUAGGGGCUGUUCUUGAACUUGGGGAGCGCGAAAAAUUGGAAGAGUAUCUUCUGAAGCAUGCAUCUAAA